AUGUGCAUUUUAGAGGCCGCUCGGGCCCAGAAUAUAGAAGUGGGCGUAUAUAUUGAGUCACUGUGUCCGGACAGCAAGCGUUUUGUUAACAACCAGUUAUAUCCGGUGUAUAACGCCCUGAAAGGCGCCGAACCGCAGAUACUAACCAUUAAUUUGGUGCCGUUUGGUAACGCAAAGAUGACAUUCGUGUCCAAUUCAACACAACACCCGAGGCUUACCUAUACGUGUCAGCAUCAGGCCCAGGAAUGUGACGGCAAUAUAAUCCAGUCUUGCGCUGUAAUCAAGUACGACAUCGACAGGAGUCUGGGUUUAACUAAUUGUAUGUUUGCAUCAAAUGACUGGAAGACUCCCUGGAAGUCCGGCGCUGAGUGUGCACAAAAAUUGGGUCUCGACUUCAAAGAGCUGAGUGCGUGCGCCAACUCGUUGGAGGGGUUGGCCCUCCAGUACUUCAUGGCCGGACAGACAGAGGCUUUGGACCCCAAAGAGAAUUGGAUUCCAUGGGUGACUAUCAAUGGCCAGCACUCGGACGCCAUGCAAAAGUUGGCCGAAAGUAACUUGCUCAAAUUGGUUUGCGAUUCCUAUCAGCACUCGGACGCCAUGCAAAAGUUGGCCGAAAGUAACUUGCUCAAAUUGGUUUGCGAUUCCUAUCAGGGUUCACCAAAGCCUAAGCCCUGCGAAUCGGUUUAAAUUGCGAAAUCAAAUCAAACCAACAAAAUAUUAUUCCUAGCGUUCAUUACUUUAAAUAUCUAUAUUUCCGUAUUAAACAACUUAAUUAGCAUUUUGUAAUUUAUUAUGUGAUAAAAUAUUGUAUAAUAAGAUAUAUACAGCAC